AUGGAUCUGGGUUUCUUGUUGGAUGUCAAUUCCAACAACUUCAGGCGUGAUGAAUUUAGUAACGUUUUAAACUCGAUAAAAUCAACAUAUGCGCCGUUUGUUAUUGGUGACGAAAAGACACGGAUCGGUCUUCUGGCGUACGACGAGCACAUUCACACAAUGAUUGCCAUGGGUCAGUAUUCUUCACAACAGUCACUCGACAUUGCGCUGGAUAAGGUAGUAACGUCCACAACAUCAGGAGACAAUCUCCUCGGACGAGGUCUAGCUGCUGUAAAAAGUCAGCUGUUUUAUGGUAAACCUCGUCCGGAAGUUCCCAAAAUACUUGUGGUCAUUUCGGGAGGAAAGUCUAAAGAUGACGUAUUGAGCCCAUCAAAAGAGCUGAAAGGACUUAAUGUAACGAUAUUUUGUAUCGGAGUUGGACAGAAUGUAGACAGAAGCGAACUUGAAGCCAUAGCAACUCUACCAGCAGUGAGUCACGUAGUAAUGGCAACUAUAUCACACCGAGAAACUGCUGGAGGAAAUCUAGCGUCGAGGAUUGAAAAAGCUAUCCAGGUUGAUCUGGGAUUCCUUGUUGAAGGAUCAUCAAAUGUAAUGGAAACUGAAUUCUUUCAAUGCAUGGAAACGGUGAAGUAUAUCUAUAGUGCCUUUCCCGUUUCACAAGAAAAUGUUCAUGUUGGUCUUGGUGUCAUUUCAAAUUAG